GGGGGCUCUUGUAUUGCCUGUAAUCAUUCCAUUUCGAGAAUGGUUUUAAAGAGUAAAUAUAGUUGUUUUAAGUGAUUCAUUUUGGAAAUGGGGGAGGAUUCUAAACCAUCCACGCCUGGACCGGUUCAUCAUGUCAUUGUUGUUGGUUUUCACCAUAAAAAAGGUUGCCAGGUUGAGUUUUCAUAUCCACCUUUAAUACCAAAUGGUUCAGUUGAUAGCACUGAAUGCCCUACUGGUUGGAAAUAUUUACCAACCCUUGCCUUACCAGAUGGAUCUCAUAACUAUGAUAAAGAUACGGUGUUCUUUCAUCUUCCUGGCUUGAAUCACCCUAAUGAAACUGUGUUCGGAAUUUCCUGUUUUCGUCAAAUACCUGUUGAAAAACUCAAAAACCGAACUUCUGACAUUACCCGAGGAACUGUACAAAAAGCAGUCUGUGUGCUUAGCAGUGUACCAUUGUAUGGCCAUAUUCAAGUAAAAAUGGAACUAAUCACGCAUGCUUAUUUUGAUGAAGGAGAUUUUACCAAAGUUUGCCUUCUUGAGGAUACAUACCAUCACUUAAAUAGUUGCUUGGAUCAAAUAGAAGAUUUGCAUCAAGCCCCUCAACUUUUUGUUGGUUUAUCAGCUAGGGAUUUAAUAUUGGCACUCAGACAUAAAGCAUUACUGUUGUAUAAACUGUUAUUACUUGAUAAAAAGAUUUUGUUCUUCCAAUCACCUGUCCAGCCCCUCUGUUCUACAAUUCUAUCGUUACUUUCUUUGCAUCCUGGUAUGAUUGAAAAAGGAUUGUAUGAAUCAGCAUGUAUCAGGGCAUCAAGACCAAUGUCACCUGUUCCCAACUUCUCCGACAGUUCAAAAUUGUCUUGUGAAGACAAAAAUGUUAAUAGAGAAGUAGCGACAGACAAUAUGGAUGAUAAAACAAUUAAUGGUAAUGGAGAGGGAGAUAUGCCACUAGAUGUGAAGGAAGAAUCUUCAACACCUGUACCCUCUGAACUCAAUGGAAACAGUGAAGAUGCUACCAAGAUAUGUAACGGAAUGUUAUCGAGGGAUGCUUCGAGUGUCGAUCUCGCUAGUGAAGUUAAUGUUCAGAACACUCUUGCUGCUAUAGCUCAAAUUGAUGCACAGAAUUGUGGAUUACCCUUACCUAUUUUUACAAAUGGUUACCUCUGUCUUCCAUAUUUAUCUCUGCCAUAUAUGGAUGUACUUACUGAUCCUAAUAUUCGAGGUUAUGUUGUUGGAGCUACUAAUGUUUUGUUUAAACAAAAGAAAAACCUCGCAGAUGUUAUUAUCGAGUUAGAAACUGGCAUAAUUGAGAGCAGUGAUUUGGAGUUAAGGCGAGCUGGUCACCUUUCUACUGAAGAUCUGAGGUUUGGGGAAUAUCUCGUGCGCCAUGUGUCUGAUAUGAGAGGAGAUUACCUUGAUGGCGUCGGUUGGGAAGGAGGUGACGAUUGGGUCCGUGCGCAGUUUCAUGCUUAUACCUUGUCAUUACUAAGGACAUCCUUGUUACCUGAAGGUAGCAAGGAGAUUGAGCAAUUCAAUAAAUGGUAUGUUGCUGCUUUGCAUGAAAGCUCUAGUUAUAAACAAUGGUUAGCCAAUCCUCAGGCACAAAAUAUUACCUCAGAAGUGAAUCCUGGCCACCCCUUUGCGGGACAACUGAGUGUUCAAGACAUGAAGCUGCGUCUAGCACAUACUAUGCAGACAACAGAAGGUGGAAGAAAACUUAAUCAGGCAAUGGUUUCAACCGGACGUGUAGUUGCAACAACUGGUAGAGCUGUUGGUGGGGCAAUUUCCCAAGCUAAAGGUGCUUUGUCCAAUUGGUGGAGCAAUUUGACUACUGUAUCUGUUGCAGUGGACUCGACUGUAGAAGAAGGCAUUGAUGUUAUCGAUGUCAGUAAUAUUGCUCCUUGAUCUAAUUGAGGUACAUAUAUUUCAAUUUUUUUUUUUUAUUCUGGAUGAAUUUUUUAUUUAUUUAAAUGAUGUUUAUUUUUUCAAAAGCGUAAUAUACUUUACUUUGUUCAAUGUAUAAUAAUUUGCAGUGCAAUGCUAAAGCCGAAUAAUUCUUAAAUACGGAAAUUCUGUUAAAAUUAAGAUUAGUGUAGCCUAGAUUUGAUGUGACUUCUUUGUUUAAUUUUUCUAUUGUCUGUUUAUCUUUUUAGUACGGUAUAUUUAAAAAAGUUAUCAAUUUCAUGAGAAAAAAAGUCAUAGUUGCUUAGGAAUAAGAACGAGAUUCAGGAAUUUGUUUUUCUUUUCUUUUUGUUUUGUAAUGGAUAAGGAAUGGCAGUAGAAAAUAAGAAUCUAGGUUUUUGAUCCUCAGCAAAUUUGUUUCAUGGAGUUAGAGGACAGGCUUAAUUAAAGUCUUCUUGGUCCUCUUAAUAAGAAGUAAAAAAACAUUUGCCUUU